UGCUUUUUGGCGUAGUAGGGUAAUAAGACUGAUGUGUCCAACCGGAGAUGUUUAGAGUUUUAAAACACGUAAUUGAUAACGGAAGUAAUCACAAGUUGAAAACUAAUAAUUUUACACUCAAAUUUUUAAAUAAUGCGAUAAGACUUUUAUCUGAUACGAAAAUGGAAAGGCCAUGGAGAGAAGCAUCAAGUUUAAUCAUAGCAUCUCGCUUAUCUCUACAUGAUGUCAUAGCUAAAGGAAAGAACUUAGCCAAUGUAAUGGGUUCUACUAAAUGGAACUAUACCACCAAGCAGAAUGUAACUGAUUAUCGUCUACUGAUGGUAAAAAGAAGUGGUUUGAGCUCAUUUAUGGCAAAUGCUUAUGUAUUUCCUGGAGGUCUGGUGGAAGUUGCAGAUUAUUCUCCACUUUGGUGGAUUGUGUUUGAAAAAUUGGGAAUAACUAGAGGAGAACUUAUGGAAUUUUGUACCCAUUAUCAUGGUCCAAGGCCACCUAUAAUAAAAAACCCUUUAACAUUAGAAUCUAAGGGAGCUCCUUUAGAUGAAGACUACCUCCCACCAGAUAUUGCCUUGCGUAUUGCAGCUCUUAGAGAAACAUUCGAAGAGACUGGCAUUCUAUUAUUAACCAAUCCUGCUCUUGAAACUACACAAGAAGCUAUGACACAUACUCUCUUGACUCAGAAUAUUAAUAUUCAGAUGUGGCAGGAGAAGAUACAUAAGGAUCCACAUAUGUUUAUAGAUUUAUGUUUAGAAUCUCAUAUGUGUCCAGACAUCUGGUCUUUGUAUGAGUGGUCUGACUGGCUCACACCAACUUCUGUUGGCCACCGACGGUAUGAUACAAUGUUUUAUUUAUGCUGUUUGCCUCGUCAGCCUGAUGUGUUGUUAGACAAGGGAGAAGUUACCGUUAUGAGGUGGUGCACUCCAGAAGAAAUGUUGGAAGAUAAUUCUACUCAUACUGUAUUUCUUGCCCCUCCACAAGUCUAUGAAUUAUCAAGAUUAAUACCUCUUCAGUCAUAUCAUGAAUUAAAGCAAUUUGCUAAGAAACGAGAGCCAAACGGUUGUGAAAGAUGGAUGCCGAUCAUAGCUACAGCUAUAGAUGGUGCCGUAUCACUUCUUCCAGGUGAUGAUUUAUUCCCUGAAGAACCUGAUUAUGAAGGUGUCCAGAAGCCUGUUGAAUUCCCACAUGCACUGGAGGACUUGAGAUCACGAUCAAAAAAUCUUCAUCGCAUGGAAAUCAGAGGCCCUCAGUGUACUAUGUACUGCAAUGUUUCCCCUUCAUGUGGACAUUUGCAACCUCUAACGUAUAAAUCAUCACAACCUGUAAUACAGUCAUUUUUAUAAUUUUCAACCGUUUGCCUUGUAAAGCAUAUUUCAUCAUCUUAUUGUUUUCUAAUCUCGCAUCAUUCUAUCUGUUAGCAUUUCUUGUAUUUAAAAUUUAAUUCCAUGGUUAAUUUGUUAAAAGGUAAGGAAAGUUUAUUUUUCUAUGAAAUUGAAUAUGUUAAAACAAAUUCAAAUUUAUUUAUAUUUUAGGUGAAUGCAAUCUAUAUUUUCAUUUUAACUCAGUAUGCAUGUGAUGUGUAAUGAAAUGUUCUAGUAUUAUUAAUAAAAAGAAAUCCUUGUUUUUUUA